AUGGCGUUCGUCGCACCUCCUGUAGAGUUAACGCGCCCGGCGGUGCCGAUACCGGCUCACUAUAGCCACCGCCGCCGGCGGAUUACUGUCUCCGCAACUCUAUCAUCGCCCCCUCGGGAGGAUAAAGCGGCGGCGGCUGACUGGGUGAAGGAAACCGCGAGCUUUUUCGAGCAGGAUUCUCGCCCUAUCAUGCUGUUCGACGGUGUUUGCAAUUUAUGUAAUGGAGGUGUGAAGUUUGUGAGAGACAAUGAUCGAAAAAGGUUGGAUUUUCUUUCGCCACCUUCUAAAUUGAAAU